AUGCCCCUCUAUCCAUCUCUUAAAGACCUGAAGGUGGACAAAGUAAUUCAGGCUCAGGCUGCCUUUUCUGCAAAUCCUGCCAACCCAGCAGUUUUGUCAGACGCUUCUGCUCCCGUAUCUCAAGAUGGAAGUCUCUAUCCUAAACUGUAUCCAGAACUCUCUCAAUACAUGGGCCUGAGUUUAAAUGAAGAAGAAAUAUGUGCAAAUAUGGCCAUGGUCCCUGGAGCACCAGUUCAGGGGCAGUUGCUAAUCCAGGCUAACACUCCACCCUCGUUGGUUGGUCUGAUAUUCAGGGACCAAGUACUCCAGAUCAAUGGUGAAAACUAUGCAGGCUGGAGCUCUGAUAAAGCACACAAGGUGCUCAAACAAGCUUUUGGAAAGAAGAUUACUAUGACCAUUCGUGACAGGCCCUUUCAACAGACAAUCACCAUGCACAAGGAUAGCACUGGACAUGUUGGUUUUAUCUUUAAAAAUGGAAAAAUAACAUCCACGGCCAAAGAUAAUUCUGUAGCCAGAAAUGAUCUCCUCACGGAACAUAACAUCUUUGAAAUCAAUGGGCAGAAUGUCAUUGGAUUGAAGAACUCUCAAAUUGCAGACAUACUGUCAACAGCUGGGACUGUAGUUACUAUUACAAUCAUGUCUGCUUUUUGA